UUCUGGUGUUUCUGUCUGUCUGUUUCCUCCCUCAUGUUUUAUCAUCUUACCAUAAUAAGGGGAGUGACUGGGAACAAUGGGAAUGCUGGAUGCUGGGAGGAGGCGUUGCUAGGAUACAGGGAGGAUGCUGAUGUCUCCCAGAAGACACAGUGAUGCAGAUUGAUGUGAUUGGUUUUGCUUCAUGUCUGCAGAAGCGAGACAGGGAGCAGAAGAGGAAACUGCAGCAAUUUCUGAAUGAUUUGGCUUUGCUUGGAUCAUUACAGGGUUUUAAAUACUUCCAGCCGUGGCUCAGAGGGAAAGAGGAGUUACUGCUGACCGUCGUCAACGAGGAUCUGAGUUGUCGCUCUCCUGGAUUUGUGGUGUCCAGAGCCUCCUCACGCUCCUCCUCCUCCUCCAGCAGCUUGAACAGCAGUGACGUCUCUCCCAGCAGCAGCUCCCCCAGCCUGGCCAGCAGGAGCAGCUCCCCCUUACCUGGAGAUCCUGAGGGGCCACAAGACCCCCAGUCUCACCAGCACCCCAAGAAACACCCUCAGACUUCCAGAGAAUCCAGUGAAGAGCAUCUACUUCCUGCAUCUCCCAGUGAAAGAGAAAUAGCCGUACCAGAGGUGAACUGCACUCUGUUUCUAUUGGCUGGCUAUGUCAAAUAUGGACGCCCCUACGCUUGGAUUCGCUCCAACCACGAGCGCCUGGUCAACAUCGGCGGCACCGACUCGAUGGUUAAGGACACGCCCAUGAAGCUCAAGUCCAUCACAGACUGGCAGACUCGAGGCAUCCGCGUGUGGGACAUGGUCAGUGAGCUGGUUAGUCUUUGCACCGUUCCCUCCCCGUCCAACCCCUUUGCGCUGGACAUGCGCUACGUCAAAAGCCUCCCCCUGCCCGACCGCUUCUUCGUGACGGGAGCUCUGAUGAGCUUCCUGGAGACGUACGUGGUGUACGGGGACCGAGACCAGCUGCACUACGACAAAGUGGUGGAGGAGGUGAAGCCUCUGAGGCGUCUGCAUGUCCAAUCGCUGCUGGAGCUGCGGCGACUCGGCAACCCCACGACGAACGACUCUUCCAGAUGAAAUUCUACCCAUCCCCCACAUAAAAUCUUAGGCUAUAUCCGAA